AUGGCCCCGAAGACAGUAGUCUCCAAAGAUGUUUAUUUACUUCCUCUCAAUGACGAUGGGAGCCCCGAUGUUGCCGGAGGUUACAUCUACCUUACCCCCAAGAGUGCUGCUCCCAUAAUCGUACGCUUUGCUAUUGAGGGGACAUCCUCCAUUUGUCGCCAUGGAAGCCUGUGGGUGAAUAUCCCAGAGGAAGGUGCCGAUUUCCACAGAGAGAAGUUUCGAGAGUUCAAACUCGAGCCAGACUUCAAUCGCACCAUUGAAAUCUCCCUGCCCAUCCACGGUGCUGGCGCAUUUGCCUUCUAUACCACCUACGCCCCUCUUCCCGACCUCUCCGAGACCCACGUCAAGCCAACUACUCCUACGCAGACUCCUACAUAUUAUAUCGAUGUUGCCCCGCGCUUGUCAUUGGAAGGCAAGCAGAUGCCAAUGGAAGCCCUGUCAAUCUUCUCACUGAUCUCUAAAUUCAUGGGCAAGUACCCCACUGACUGGGAGAAACACCUACGGGGCAUCAGUGAGAGGGGUUACAACAUGGUCCAUUUCACACCAUUGCAGCACCGAGGCCAAUCCAAUUCCCCAUACAGUAUAUAUGAUCAGCUUGGCUGGGAUCCAAAGUCCUUUCCCAAUGGGGAGGCCGAUGUCAAGAAAUUGAUUACUAGCAUGGAAAAGACGCACGGCCUACUCGGCCUCACAGAUGUUGUAUGGAACCACACGGCCGACAAUAGCAAAUGGCUUCAAGAACACCCCGAGGUCGGUUACAAUGUUUCGACCGCACCUUGGCUCCGGUCAGCCCUUGAGUUGGAUACCGCCCUUCUUGAGUUCGGCCGUGACAUGGAAAAGUACGAGCUUCCUACGACCCUAAAGACCGUAGACGAUCUCAUCAAAGUCAUGGAUGGGAUCAAAGAGCGAGUCAUUGCAAAACUAAAGCUUUGGGAAUACUACGUUAUUCAAGUGGAGCGCAAUGCUGACGCAGCUGUGGAAGCAUGGGCUACAGGCAACAUCACCUUUCCCGAAGGCGGAUUCGGUGGCUCUGAUUUUGGUGGCCUGGAGACCAUUAAGAAUGCAACUCCGACCCUGCAGGCUGAAUUCUUAAAUAAGAGCGCAUUGUUGAGUAAAGACAUCCUCGGUAAACGAUUCCAACGUUCUGUCAAUCCAUCUAUCGCGGCGGCGUUGCUCACGGCCAUCUACGGUCGCUUCAAGGGGGAUGAUUCGAAUAGUGCGGAUCGAGGGGUCGCACGAAGCCGGAUUGUGCAUAUUCUGGACGAGCUGAACCUUCCUCUCUACAAAGAGUACGACGUGGAUGUCGCGGAAAUUCUCGAGCAGAUCUUCAACAGAGUCAAAUAUGUCAGACUCGAUGACCAUGGACCAAAAUUGGGUCUGAUUGAUGCCAAGAACCCUCUCAUCGAGUCUUAUUUCACGAGACUUCCCAAGAACUCAAUUACCGAGAAGCAUAACCAAGAAGAUCUUGCACUGGUAAACAAUGGCUGGAUUUGGGCAGCGAAUGCUCUGAUUGAUAAUGCUGGUCCAAAGUCCCGUGCUUACCUCCGAAGAGAGGUCAUUGUUUGGGGUGACUGUGUCAAACUUCGUUAUGGAGAAAAGCGCCAGGAUAGUCCUUUCUUGUGGGAUUUCAUGGCCCAGUACACUCGGUUGAUGGCAAAGUACUUUACUGGCUUCCGCAUUGACAACUGUCAUUCGACUCCUAUCCAUGUUGCCGAAUUCCUGCUUGAUGAGGCCAGAAGAGUUCGCCCAAAUCUGUUCGUCGUUGCUGAGCUGUUUACCGGAUCUGAAGAGAUGGACUAUGUAUUUGUCAAACGCUUGGGGAUAAGCUCGCUGAUUCGAGAAGCAAUGCAAGCUUGGGGAACUGGGGAGCUUAGCCGACUGGUGCAUCGCCAUGGUGGGCGACCCAUUGGUAGUUUUGAGAUUGACGAAGUCUCGGGAGCAGACUCAGAAAAAGACGCCAACGGCCAUAUCAAUCGUAACUCCAGCAGGGAUAUUGUUCGUCGGAUCAAACAGACGCCUGUUCAUGCCCUCUUCAUGGAUUGCACCCAUGACAAUGAGGUGCCUGCUCAAAAGCGCGAUGCCCGAGAUACCCUGCCGAAUGCAGCUCUUGUCAACAUGUGCGCCAGUGCAACUGGCAGCGUCAUGGGCUACGACGAGGUCUAUCCAAAGCUUGUGGAUCUUGUUCAUGAGACCAGAUUGUAUUCAUCACCCUCAUCUACAGGGCCUGUUGAAGUUGGUGAUGGUGAAGGCGGCAUAGGAGGCAUUAAAAAGCUUUUGAACCAAAUCCAUACACUGAUGGGCAAGGAUGGGUAUGAUGAGACUCACAUCCACCACGAGGACCAAUAUAUCACUGUUCAUCGUGUUCACCCCGAAUCGCGGAAAGGAUAUUUCCUCAUUGCGCACACGGCAUUCCCUGGCUAUGGUAACGGAAACGGUGGCCUCAGCCCAGUUCAUCUUGGAGGCACGAAAGCACGACAUUUGGGAAGCUGGAUGCUUGAAGUCGACGUCAGUGAAGAAGCAAAGAAAGAGGUCUCAGAAGACAAGACGACUUUGAGGGGCUUACCAAGCAAAGUCAUUAGUCUUCCCGGCGUACGGAUGGAAACGAAAGACGAUGAGACUAUAAUCUCUGUUCGUGAGAAGUUUCCUCCUGGCAGCAUAGCACUCUUUGAGACUUGGAUUCCUUCGGCUGAACAUGCAUCGGGACUUGAUACCUUUGUUACCUCGGGAGCAAAGGUAGCCUUUGCAAACUUGGAUCUGAUUGAUCUCAAUUUCGUGCUGUACCGAUGUGAGGCAGAGGAGCUAGAUUCAAGUGACGGCAAGGAUGGCGUCUACGACAUUCCAGGACACGGUAAACUUGUGUAUGCCGGUCUGCAAGGCUGGUGGAGUGUUUUGAAGAAGAUUAUCGCAACCAAUGAUCUGGCACAUCCCCUUUGCCAACAUCUUCGGGAUGGACAAUGGGCGCUGGAUUAUAUUAUUGGACGUCUCGAACGGAUCUCGCAAAAGGCAGGCUAUGAGCGAUUACUGACGCUAGCCAUCUGGCUUAAGGAGCGAUUUGAUGCGAUUCGGAAAAUUCCAAGCUUUUUACUGCCGCGGUACUUUGGUCUUGUGCUUCGAACCGCCUACAUGGGGGCAUGGGAGCGUGGCCUGGAGCUCAUGAAUGAAAAUGUCCAGAAAGGACAGUGGUUCUUGAAGGAUCUUGCUAUGGUCAGUGUACAGCAAACAGGCUUUGUCAAAUCAGCCUCUCUGUAUCCAGUGAAAGAAGUACCAUCGUUGGCAGCUGGUCUUCCCCAUUUCGCGGUUUCGUGGGCAAGGUGCUGGGGCAGAGACGUCUUUAUAUCUGCAACUGGUCUGUUCCUUGGUACAGGCCGAUAUGCUGAGUGCAAAGAACACAUCAUCGCAUUUGCAAGCGUCAUGAAGCAUGGAAUGGUUCCCAACCUUCUGAGUAGUGGCAAUAAUCCCCGAUACAAUGCUCGAGACGCCAUUUGGUUCCUUUUGCAAUGCAUUCAAGAUUAUACGAAGAUUGUUCCCAAUGGAAUCGAGCUACUGAAAGAAAAUGUUCCCCGCCGGUUUCUUCCUUACGAUGACACUUUCUUCGACGUCGACGAUCCGCGAGCUUACUCCAAAACCUCAACACUCGAGGAUAUCAUUCAAGAAGCACUCCAGCGUCAUGCCUCGGGCAUGUCAUUUCGGGAGGCCAAUGCAGGCCCAAACCUGGACAUGCAAAUGAAGUCGGAAGGAUUCGACCAGAAGAUAUUUGUAGACUGGAGCAAUGGUAUCAUAUUCGGUGGCAAUCAAAACAACUGUGGGACAUGGAUGGACAAGAUGGGCGAAAGCGAGCGAGCGCAUAGCAAAGGCGUGCCUGGAACCCCUCGCGAUGGCGCUGCAGUUGAAAUUACCGGUCUUCUCUACAGUGCUUUGAUCUGGUUGGCGAAGCUUCACAAAGAGGGCAAGUACAAGUAUGCCGGCGUUAGUACCUCUGAUGAAAAGCUUAAAGUCAUCACUUUGGGCGAUUGGUCUCUCCUGAUCAAGAACAACUUCGAACGAUGCUAUUACGUUCCCACCGAGCAGAAGGACGAUAAGAGCUACGACAUCAAUUCCAAAAUUAUCAACCGUCGCGGAAUCUACAAAGAUAUUUACAGAUCAGGCAAAGAAUACGAAGACUACCAACUCCGUGCCAACUUUCCCAUCGCCAUGACUGUUGCACCAGACCUUUUCGACGACUCUCACGCCCUACACGCUCUCAUCCUCGCAGAUAAACACCUGCGUGGACCUACUGGAAUGGCUACACUUGACCCCGCCGACCUCAAUUACCGCCCUUAUUACAUCAACUCCGAAGACAGCGAUGAUUUUGCGACCAGCAAAGGCCGCAAUUACCAUCAAGGUCCAGAAUGGCUUUGGCCUACUGGUUUCUUCCUUCGCGCUCUCCUGAAAUUUGAUUUGAAGAGGAGAAAGGGACCGGAGGAGAAAACAGAAGCGUUCCAGCAGAUUACCCAACGUCUAGUAGGUUGUAAAGAGUCGAUCAACAGUAGUGAUUGGGCGGGUCUUCCGGAGUUGACGAACAAGAACGGGGAACUUUGUCAUGAUUCGUCACCGACGCAGGCUUGGAGUGCGGGAUGCUUGAUUGAUUUGUAUCGUGAUGCGGCGCUGUAUGGUGCGAAACAGCUUUCGGAAUGA